CAUCACUAUUUGUCGGCCAUUUUGUGAGUGUGUGGUUGAUUGAGAUAUUUGUGUUGAAAUAAUACCGGAGCGAAAUCGAAUGGAUUUAGUUUAUUGAUAAGAUAGUUUCCCGUUGCGUUACAUGUGCUAAGUGUCAACCGGGUAUUGAACAUUGCUUAGAUCCAAACGAUGGAGGAGAAGGCAGUGACGUCUCUGAAAGAGCUUGACCAAUGGAUCGAACAGUUGAACGAGUGCAAACAACUGACAGAAAGUCAAGUUAAAACUUUAUGCGAAAAGGCAAAAGAAAUAUUGGCCAAGGAGUCGAAUGUUCAGGAGGUAAAAUGUCCUGUGACGGUAUGCGGAGAUGUUCACGGACAGUUUCACGACCUGAUGGAGCUGUUCCGAAUAGGUGGCAAAUCACCUGAUACAAAUUAUCUCUUCAUGGGGGAUUACGUCGAUCGUGGAUAUUAUUCUGUUGAGACCGUUACUCUCCUUGUUGCGCUCAAGGUGAGGUAUCGAGAAAGAAUAACGAUUUUGCGUGGUAAUCACGAGUCUAGACAGAUUACACAGGUUUACGGAUUUUAUGACGAGUGUCUGCGCAAGUAUGGAAAUGCGAAUGUAUGGAAAUUCUUUACCGAUCUGUUUGACUAUCUGCCACUCACCGCAUUGGUCGAUGGUCAGAUAUUCUGUCUUCAUGGAGGGUUAUCACCUUCCAUCGAUACUCUCGAUCACAUCAGAGCAUUGGAUCGUCUUCAAGAAGUUCCGCAUGAGGGUCCAAUGUGCGAUCUACUCUGGUCAGACCCCGAUGACAGAGGAGGAUGGGGUAUCUCGCCUCGUGGAGCAGGAUACACCUUUGGCCAAGACAUUUCUGAGACGUUCAAUCACUCUAAUGGUCUAACUCUUGUAUCGCGAGCUCAUCAGCUGGUAAUGGAAGGAUAUAAUUGGUGUCACGAUCGUAAUGUUGUGACUAUUUUUUCGGCGCCCAACUAUUGCUAUCGCUGCGGAAAUCAAGCGGCAAUUAUGGAACUGGAUGAUGCAUUGAAAUAUUCAUUCCUUCAGUUUGAUCCAGCACCGAGACGCGGUGAGCCGCACGUUACUAGGCGGACGCCAGACUACUUCCUCUAAAGAAAUUAUAAAAAAAGAAAAAAACAGCCAAACACAAAAAG